AUGCCCUCCAACGUAAACGCCGGCUGGGCCGACCCCUCCGUCGCCCAGAUGUACGCGCUUGCAGAAGCAGCAUCUGGCCCUUUUGCCCGCGCCGCGCUCGAGCAAGCCGGUAUUCAGAAUCAUUCCGGCAGCCCCCUCGCCGUCUUCGACAUGGCGUGCGGCACCGGCGUCGUCGCGGACCAGCUCUACGACCUCCUAAGCGACCAGAACGACGUGCGGAAAAACCUCAAAGUCACGUGUGGCGACACAUCUGAGGCCAUGAUCUCGCAUCUGCAAAACCGAAUCAAAGACCAAGGAUGGACAGGAACAGAAGCGAAAAUAAUGGACGGAAUGGACACCAAACUGCCCUCCGGAGCCUACACGCACGCCUUCUGCACCUUCGGCAUCGGCCACAUGCCCGACCCCCUCGUCGCGCUCGCCGAACUGCACCGCGUGCUCGCGCCCGGCGGCGCCGUCGGCCUCGCGUUCUGGCACACGAUCGACUGGUACCGCGAGUUCGUGCGCGAUGCGCUGGAGACGCUGCCGGGGCCGCCGCGGAACCCGAGCGAGGCGGAGUUCAUGGGGACGAUUAUGAAGGGGAGGUGGUGGGAGCCGCAGUGGACGAAGGAGACGCUGAGCGCGGCGGGGUUUGAGGCGGUGGAUGCGGUGGUGCAGAAGAGGACGUUUAAGUGUGGCACGCCGGCGGUGUUUGCGAGUAAGGUGCUUUUUAUGCCGUUGACGGUUAUUCAGAAUGUGUACUGGAGUGAGGAGGAUAGGGAGCGGUGUAAGCCGCUCAUGACUGGGGUUAUAGAGAAGAGGUUGACGGAGAUUUUUGGGGCGGAGGGGGAGGUGGUGUGUCAUGGUGAGGCGGUGAUUGCUACUGGUAGGAAGAAGUGA